AUGGCCCAGAGCUCAAACGCCUUUUCGGGCACUAGCCCUUUCCUCAACACCUCCACCAGAUCCGACAAGGGCCCCAGCAUCCAGAAGAUCGCAGAAGACGAAGAAUUCGAGGUGACGUCACCUACAGAUGUGACGUUCAAGCAAUCCAACGCCGCUGGCUCAGGGAGCCUGGCCUUCGGGGGAGGUGCGUUUGGUGAGGCGGGUUCACAAAGCGAAGGGGGUGCCGCACCAGGGUCGUUGUUCUCGCGGAGUCCCUUUGGCGACUCCGGGUCGGGUUCGGGAUUGGGAGGAGACGAGCCGGGAUCUCUGCCGACGGGAUCCGCCCAGGGAUUCCCGAGCAACUAUGCGCUUGGUCGUCGAACCUCUGUCUCUGCAGAAUCCUUGAAUCCCACGUCAGCGGGCUCGGAUAGUUGGACGCCCCCGCACCACCCCAAAAGUGACGACCAGCUGGCCCGUCUCAAGACGGCGGUGAGCACCAACUUCCUUUUCUCUCAUCUGGACGACGACCAAUUCAAGACUGUCCUCGAUGCCCUGGUCGAGAAGCCGAUUCCUGCCAAGGAUAUCAAGGUCAUCUCGCAAGGUGACGCGGGUGACUACUUCUAUAUCGUCGAGAAGGGCCACUUUGAUAUCUACAUCCACUCCUCCGGCUCGGUGCAACCUGGCCCCGAUGGGCUAGGUAACAAGGUGGCCACCAAUGGGCCCGGCGGCUCAUUCGGUGAACUGGCACUGAUGUACAAUGCCCCGCGUGCUGCGACCGUCAUUUCCACCGACGCUAAGAGCACUCUUUGGGCCUUGGACCGAAUCACCUUCCGCCGCAUUCUCAUGGACUCUGCGUUCCAGCGCCGCCGCAUGUACGAGGCAUUCCUCGAAGAGGUCCCCCUGCUCUCUUCUCUGAAGACUUACGAGCGGUCCAAGAUCGCCGAUGCCCUGGACACUAUCAAGUAUCCGGCCGACUCGACGAUCAUCACUCAGGGUGACCCUGGCGACGCAUUUUAUCUGCUGGAGUCGGGUGAGGCGGAGGCUUUCAAGGAUGGAACUUUGGUUAAGAACUAUAGCCGUGGGGAUUACUUUGGUGAGCUGGCGUUGCUAGAUGAUAAGCCGCGCGCGGCCAGCAUUGUCAGCAAGACCGAUGUGAAGGUGGCACGUCUGGGCCGAGAUGGGUUUAAGAGGCUGCUCGGACCUGUGGAGGAGAUUAUGCGACGCACCGACUAUAAGGUGGAAUCCGCCAAGUCUCCCGUUUCUUCAUGA